CUCUCGCUGGCCCUCUUUUCUUGCCGGUCGGCUUCCCCUCCCCCCGCCGUCCCCGUCUGCGGGAAUCCAGUUCAAUUCAGCCACACCGUCCGCAAUGCUGCCCAGCAGCUCUGCAUAAAAGCAACCGCGCUCACCCGCUUCCUCCAUUCCUUCUCCGACUCCGCCGCCCGCCGCGCGGAGCUCCUCCUUGUCACAGCUCGAGCUGAGCUCCAGCUCUAGAGGGAUAUACUAUACAGAGCGGAAAGGCAGAGUGAGAGGCUGCAAGCCUGCUAGGUGUGGUUGUGCUCUGCUCUGCUCUGCUCCACCAGUCAAGCGGGAUCCGAAGCUCAGGAGACGAACACGGAAGCUACUUGCUAGGAUAUAAUAAAAGGGACCUUUCCAUUGUGUUUGGUUGCUGCUCAUGAGCAGAUAGGCCUAGGUCAGGUGCCUCCCCCCCCCCCCCCCCCCAGCUUCUGUGGUAUCCACACAUCUAUCCUCCCCUUUCCUGUCUCCGAUAGCUCUUUGUUUUCUUCCCUCUUUAUCCUAAAACUGUUCAUGUUCUUACCCUCCACAGUUCAGAUGCUCCACUUUCCCAGAUCCAUGUACCUUGUAGGGCCUGCCAAUCUAUCAUUUCGGUUUGUUGGCCAUCAUCAUCGUGUCAUGUGUACAAUCAGAGUACUACUACCAAUUUGCUACGAAAAUAAUUUCCUUUCUUAGCUCUGUCUGAUGCUCACAUGCUUGCAGCUUGCUUCCUCCAUUUGAACCCAAAGCUUGCCGUGUGCUUCAAGAUCCUCGGCAGGAGUUGUUUACAGUUAUUUUUCCCUCUCCGUUGACAGUUGCAUAAAAAAAUUCCUAACUGGAGCUCAAGCAGUCAAGCUCGCCUUCUUUCAAGUUCCCAUGCAAUCGCCUCUGAUUCUUGCAGCUCAUGUCGUCUGGCUCUGUUUCUUUCAGUGUGCGCUCUGAUUGCGCAGAAAGUGAUUGGUCGGUCAUCGAUGUUUGUGGCGAUCUGAGCGAUGAACCAGUUCGUGCCUGAUUGGAACAGCAUGGGAGACACCUCCAGGCCGCUCGGCGACGACGAUGACCUUAUCGAGCUGCUCUGGUGCAACGGCCAUGUCAUCAUGCAGAGCCAGAACAACCGGAAGCUACCGCCGAGGCCCGAGAAGCCGGCGGGGGCAGCAGCUCCAGCCCCCGCGUCGGCGGCGCAAGACGACGAGGCCGGCCUCUGGUUCCCGUUCGCGCUAGCCGACUCGCUCGACAAGGACAUCUUCUCGGAGUUCUUCUGUGAAGCACCAGCGGCGGCGGCUCCGGUGCCCGCAACCCCAGGCGUCGAGGACGGCAAGCCUGCCUGCAGGGACGUCCCGAUGGAGGACGACAGCAGGCGCGGCGGGGCGUGCGCGGUGUCCGAGGCCCCGAGCGACCUGAUGCCGCCGCCCAAGUCGGGGCCCGUGUCCGGGUCCAGGCAGCAGACGAUGAGCCUGGCGACGGACGGCGGUGACAACGCCGGCGACCUCUCGGACCUCGUCCGGGCGGGCAGCGCGGGGAAGGCGUCGGCGGAGGCCGGCGCGUCGUCGAUGCUGAGCACGAUCGGGUCCAGCAUCUGCGGGAGCAACCAGGUGCUGGUGCAGCGCGCGGUGAGCGCGGCGGGCCGCGUCGCUUGCGGCGGCGGCUGCUCCGGCAGCGCGCUGCCGUCUGCGAUGGGAAGCGCGAACGCGAACGCCAGAGGCAGGGGCAACGAGGCCACGUCGGGGCGGUCCAACUACUGCUUCGGCACCGCCACCACCACCACCACCGAGCCGACGAGCACCAGCAACCGGAGCAGCAAGCGGAAGCGGCUCGACACCGAGGACUCCGAGAGCCCCAGCGAGGACGCGGAGUCGGAGUCCGCCGCGAUGUUGGCGCGCAAGCCGCCGCAGAAGCUGACGAUGGCGCGGAGGAGCCGCGCCGCCGAAGUGCACAACCUCUCCGAGAGGAGGAGACGGGACAGGAUCAACGAGAAGAUGAGAGCCCUGCAAGAGCUGAUACCUCACUGCAACAAGACCGACAAGGCGUCGAUGCUGGACGAGGCCAUCGAGUACCUCAAGUCGCUGCAGCUGCAGAUGAUGUGGAUGGGCAGCGGCAUCGCGGCGCCGCCGGUGAUGUUCCCCGGCGUGCACCAGUACCUGCCGCGGAUGGGCGUCGGGAUGGGCGCCGCGGCGAUGCCGUCCAUGCCGCGGAUGCCGUUCAUGGCGCCGCAGCCGGUGGUGCCCAACGCGCCCGUCCACAACCCCGUGCCGCUCUCGCCGGCGGCCUACCGGGGGCACAUGCCGGCGGUGGGCAUCACCGAGCCCUACGCGCACUACCUCGGCGUCAACCACCUGCAGCCGACGCCGUCUCAGCAUUUCGCGCAGGGCGUGGGAUACUACCCGCUGGGGGCGAAGGCCGCCGUGCAGCAGAGUCCGGCGCUCCACCACGUGCCCGGUGGCGGCAUGCCCGCCGUCGCCGCCGCGCCGGGGGGGCUGCCGCCUGAAACCGCUCCGAGCAGAGGACCAGGAUGACUAUAGCAGGACAGGACAAAUAAUCCCAUGGCUGAGCUGAUGUUUUGACAAGUGUGGAAAAUAAGAAAAUGAACUGCACAGGAGGAUGAAGCAGAGGAGUAGCUCAUGAAAUAACUGGGGGCAUUUUCUUUAGGGACCCCAUUUUGAGAUGUGUGCAGAAGUCUCCUGAAGGGUUGAUCUCUUAACAGAUUUUAUUAAUAUAGCAUGAUUUUUGUUUAGUUGGUAUGAUCUCUAGUUUAUCUUCUUCUUUUCUAUUCUUGAGUUGAGAAAUAGUUGAGAUAGUUAAGAGGUGGUGAUUCUGUUCUGCUAUUUAGAUGCAAACCAAUUCAAGAGCAUAAAAUGCCAAAAAGCAACUGUAAUUGUUGGUGUUUUAUGUUUUCGCAGCAGUUUCCUCCAUUGUACAGAAUAGAAGUGAUAUUUAGAUGCAAACCAAAUGAGUAGUUCAAGACCAUAUAUAAUAUAUGACAUUCCUAUGCAAUAGCAC